CCCUCCAGGUCGCGUCUUUGAGGCCAAACGCUGCCUGCCUCAGCGACAGCUUCCCAGCGCUGCUUGGGCCGCUCUGCCUCCCUUUGUUUGGGGUUUCUUUGUCUGGGGUCUCCCUUUGGUUCAGCCUUGCAGUUCUCAGCUCCUCUCCUUUUCUCCUGCCUGGCUGUCCCCUCCCUCUCUGCGGGGGCCGAGAGGCUCAGCGAGGGGAGAGGGGAGCGGGCUGGGUUGCCAUGGUCACAUCGAAGCCGGCCCCAGCUGGCCAGGGCAGCUGCUCCUGGGCCACGGCCCUGGACGCUUGGACAAAGCCAGGCAGCCUCAGCAGCUCCAGAGCCUGGACCCCAAAGGCCUGAGACCGGGGGACUGGGACCCAGAAAAAUCCUGAGCUGGAGAGAUGCUGCCCCCACCCCCUUAGGCCCAAGGCAGCAGGAGCUAUGGGGCCAGGGGCCCUUGUACAUCUACUGCCACUGUUGCUGCUCUUGCUGGCAGAUGGAGACGCCGACAUGAAGGGACAUUUUGACCCUGCCAAGUGCCGCUAUGCGCUGGGCAUGCAGGACCGGACCAUUCCCGACAGCGACAUCUCUGUCUCCAGCUCCUGGUCGGACUCCACUGCCGCCCGGCACAGCAGGUUGGAGAGCAGCGACGGGGACGGGGCCUGGUGUCCUGCAGGGCCUGUUUUCCCCAAGGAGGAGGAGUACCUGCAGGUGGAUCUUCGGCGUCUCCACCUGGUGGCCCUGGUGGGCACUCAGGGGCGCCACGCCGGUGGCCUGGGCAAGGAGUUUUCCCGCAGCUACCGGCUGCGCUACUCCCGGGAUGGCCACCGCUGGAUGGACUGGAAGGACCGCUGGGGUCAGGAGGUGAUCUCAGGUAACGAGGACCCCGGGGGCGUGGUGUUGAAGGACCUCGGGCCCCCCAUGGUAGCCCGACUGGUUCGCUUCUAUCCCCGAGCAGACCGGGUCAUGAGUGUGUGCCUGCGGGUGGAGCUCUACGGCUGCCUCUGGAGGGAUGGGCUCCUGUCUUACACAUCCCCCGUGGGGCAGACCAUGUACUUAUCCGAGGCUGUGAACCUCAACGACUCCACCUACGACGGAUUCAUUGUGGGCGGGCUGCAGUACGGGGGUCUCGGCCAGCUGGCGGAUGGCGUGGUAGGGCUGGACGACUUCAGGCAGAGCCAGGAGCUGCGGGUCUGGCCAGGGUAUGACUACGUGGGAUGGAGCAACCACAGCUUCCCCAGCGGAUACGUGGAGAUGGAGUUCGAGUUUGACCGGCUCAGGGCCUUCCAGGCCAUGCAGGUCCACGGCAACAACAUGCACACGCUGGGCGCCCGCCUGCCUGGCGGGGUGGAGUGCCGAUUCAAGCGGGGUCCCGCCGUGGCCUGGGAGGGGGAACCCGCGCGCCACGCCCUGGGGGGAAGCCUGGGCGACCCCAGGGCCCGGGCCAUCUCUGUGCCCCUGGGCGGCCGCGUGGGUCAAUUUCUGCAGUGCCGCUUCCUCUUCGCGGGGCCCUGGCUGCUCUUCAGCGAGAUCGCCUUCAUCUCCGAUGUGGUGAACGGCUCCUCUCCAGCUCUGGGGGGCACCUUCCCCCCGGCCCCCUGGUGGCCGCCCGGCCCGCCUCCCACCAACUUCAGCAGCUUGGAGCUGGAGCCCCGCGGCCAGCAACCCGUGGCCAAGGCGGAGGGCAGCCCGACCGCCAUCCUCAUCGGCUGCCUGGUGGCCAUCAUCUUGCUGCUGCUGCUCAUCAUCGCCCUCAUGCUCUGGCGGCUGCACUGGCGCAGGCUCCUCAGCAAGGCUGAGCGCCGGGUGCUGGAGGAGGAGCUGACAGUGCAUCUCUCUGUCCCUGGGGACACCAUCCUCAUCAACAACCGCCCGGGACCCCGGGAGCCACCUCCUUAUCAGGAGCCCCGGCCGCGGGGGAACCCGCCCCACUCUGCACCCUGCGUCCCCAAUGGCUCUGCGCUGCUGCUCUCCAAUCCGGCCUACCGCCUCCUUCUGGCCACUUACGCCCGUCCCCCUCGAGGCCCGGGCCCCCCCACACCCGCCUGGGCCAAACCCACCAACACCCAGGCCUGCAGCGGGGACUACAUGGAGCCUGAGAAGCCGGGCGCCCCACUCCUGCCCCCACCUCCCCACAGCAGCGUCCCGCAUUAUGCCGAGGCUGACAUCGUCACCCUGCAGGGUGUCACCGGGGGCAACACCUACGCUGUGCCUGCACUGCCCCCAGGGGCAGUUGGGGACGGGCCCCCAAGAGUGGAUUUCCCUCGGUCACGGCUCCGCUUCAGGGAGAAGCUUGGCGAGGGCCAGUUUGGGGAGGUACACCUGUGUGAGGUAGAGAACCCUCAAGAUCUGGCCAGUCUGGACUUCCCAGUCAGCGUGCGCAAGGGACAACCCUUGCUGGUAGCUGUCAAGAUCCUUCGGCCUGAUGCCACCAAGAACGCCAGGAAUGACUUCCUGAAGGAGGUAAAGAUCAUGUCACGACUCAAGGACCCAAACAUCAUCCGGCUCCUGGGCGUGUGUGUGCAGGACGACCCCCUCUGCAUGAUCACUGACUACAUGGAGAAUGGCGACCUGAACCAGUUCCUCGGUGCCCACCAGCUGGACGACAAGGCGGUGGCUGGAGGGGCCCCCAGGGAUGAGGAGGCUGCGCAGGGGCCCACGAUCAGCUACCCGAUGCUACUGCACGUGGCUGCCCAGAUUGCCUCGGGCAUGCGCUAUCUCGCCACACUCAACUUUGUGCACCGGGAUCUGGCCACACGGAACUGCUUGGUUGGAGAGAAUUUCACCAUCAAAAUCGCCGACUUUGGAAUGAGCCGGAACCUCUAUGCUGGGGACUACUACCGCGUGCAGGGCCGGGCGGUGCUGCCCAUCCGCUGGAUGGCCUGGGAGUGCAUCCUGAUGGGCAAGUUCACAACGGCCAGCGACGUGUGGGCGUUUGGGGUGACACUGUGGGAGGUGCUGAUGCUCUGCAGGGCCCAGCCCUUUGGACAGCUCACAGAUGAGCAAGUCAUCGAGAACGCCGGGGAGUUCUUCCGGGACCAGGGUCGCCAGGUGUACCUGUCCCGGCCGCCCGCCUGCCCCCAGGGCCUGUAUGAACUGAUGCUGCGGUGCUGGAGCCGGGAGCCCGAGCGGCGACCGCCCUUUGCCCAGCUGCACCGGUUCCUGGCAGAGGAUGCGCUCAACACAGUGUGACGACGCCCAGCUGCUCCUCUCAGAGGCGACCUGGGGGAAGCCAGCGACCAAUGAGGACUGCGCCUCCCUGCCCCUCCCGACUGCUGGCCCCUGAGAGGCAGUGAGACCACGGGGCAGGCCUGCCCACCCUGGACACAAGCUCUCGUCUCCUCCCUCAAAGACCCACUGCCCACCCAGCUGGCCCUGUGGAUGGGUCCUCUGACUUCUGCCAGCCAUCCUUGGGGAAGGGGGCUCAUGCAGGGCAGACACUGGAUGUGGCCCACAGGAGCUCCUGGGCCUACUGGACAACACUGGUUCCUGGGGAGGUGGCUCUGCCCCAGCCUCCCUCUUUCUGUCAUACACUGGACCCCGCUGGCUGGGAAUUGGGGGGGGUGAGGACACAAAGGGACAGAAGAUGCUCCCUGGUGCUUAUCCCUGGAAUUGGACACACUGGACCUGGGGCUGAUCCCUGCCCUGUCCUCCGAUCCUCCCACAUACCCACUUCCCGCCUGCCAUGCUGUAGCUAGCACUUCCCUAAGCCUGUACGCUUCUGUGGAGUACAUACUGGGAUAGGACAGAGGGAGCAAUGGCCUGUGGCCCGGGGGUUGGACAUCUCUAUCGUAGUUGCCACAUUGGUUUUUCUAUAAUCACUUGGGGUUUGUACAUUUUUGGGGGGAGAGACACAGAUUUUUACACUAAUAUAUGGACCUAGCUUGAGGCAAUUUUAAUCCCCUGCGGUAGGCAGGUAACAAUAAAGGUUGAGUUUUUCACAGG